CAAUAGAUGAGGGAGCAGUAAUGGCGGGAGGAUCAGUAUCUAAUAUAGAAGUGUGUAAUUUAUCCUACAGCGGGAACCUGCAGCAGCUCAGAUCACUGAUACUAUCAAACCCGAGACUCAUCAAUCAACCUGAUCAGGAUCAGAGAAGCGCUCUACACUGGGCGUGCUCUGCUGGACAUGAUGAUGUUGUUGAGUUCCUGUUGGACUCUGGAGCAGAGGUGGACCUUCAGGAUGACGCCCGCUGGACUCCGCUCCACAUCGCAGCGUCAGCAGGACGAGAGGAGAUCGUCCGCCGGCUAAUCGCUAAACGAGCUCAGCUCAACUCCGUCAACCAGAACGGCUGCACGCCGCUCCAUUACGCUGCGUCCAAGGAUCGAUACGAGAUCGCUCAGAUUCUGUUAGAGAACGGCGCCGAUCCAAACGCCACCGACAAACUGGAGUCCACGCCGCUACACCGAGCCUCGGCCAAGGGGAACCACCGGCUCAUCCAGCUCCUCCUGAACCAGAGCGCCUCCACCAACAUCCAGGACUCAGAGGGGAACACGCCGCUUCACCUGGCGUGUGAUGAGGAGCGGGUGGAGGCUGCGAAGCUCCUGGUGGAGCACGGCGCCAGCAUCUACAUCGGGAACAAGGAGGAGAAAACGCCGCUACAGAUCGCUAAAGGAGGCCUGGCCUCUCUGCUCAGGAGGAUCGUGGAGGGCUGAGACGUCCAUCCUGCAGAGGAACGUCUCCACAUCCUCCUCCAACCUUCUCCAUCCACCUCCACCCCCCUCCAUCCUGCUGAGCUGCUCCACAAACCAUGAACUUUCCACCCUGAGGAGCAGGGGCUGAUGGGAGAGCGUCGGGACCAGACUGAGGACCUGAGUUUGAGUGUUUGACUGGUUUUGAGUUGUUAGAUUUUCAGUUGAGGUUCAGAAGAAAUGAAACUGUAAAUAAAAUAAAAUCAUCGUUCUCAUGUU